CCAACCUCUCUUCCUGCGAUAGUCAGAAUGUCGUCAGAUGAAGAUGUGAACCCCUAUGAACUCCUAGGAUUGUCCAUCGAAGCAACGGACCAAGAGAUUAAGACUGCCUACAGGCAGAGGUCUCUGAAAGUCCACCCGGAUCGUAACCGUGGUAAUCCAGAUGCAGCUCGCAAGUUCCAUGAGUUGGUUCAAGCGCAAGAGCUCCUCCUCGAUCCGCUUCGGCGCAUGGCACUGGACGCCAAACUCCGAAUUAAGGAGGCGCGCAAGGCCAGGUACGCCACCUACGACGCAAAACGGAAGGUCUUGGUCGAAGAAUUGGAGGAGAGCGAGAGGGCGUUCAAGAGGGCGCGAGUGGAGAAGGAGGCGGAGAAGCAAGAGAGAUAUCGUGAGAACGAGCGCAUCAUGGAGGAAGGACGGCGGCUGAGGGAAGAGCGGGAGAAGGAGCUCACAAGAAAGGAGCGGGAGCGAGAGGCUUUCGAGAGGAAAGCGCAGCAGGCUGCCGACGCCAUCCUGGAACCUCCACCGUCAGGACCCCUCGAUACUACCGUCCGCGUGAAGUACACGCUAUCAGCGCAUCCGACUCUCACAGACGCGAGCGCGCUAGGCGCACUCCUUGCAGCCCAUGGCGCGGUCGACGAGCCGUCCAUCGUUCUCUCCCUCAAGCCUGCGCCACCCAAGAAGCCCAAGCGUGGCACUGCACUCGUGCCUUUUAAACAGAUUAGAGGUGCGUUCGCCGCCGUGUGCGCUAGCGGCCGUCCAGAGUAUCGCCUCGAGGACAUUGAGAUCUCUUGGGCGGAGGGCAAGGAGCCGGAGCUUAUCGGAUGGUUGAAGAAGAUGGGGCAGCUCGGCAAAGCCACAAACGGCGCAGGGAAGGGGAAGGGGAAGGACAAGCUCGCGCCACACCAGGACAACAACCCCGUGGCUUCGACGGCCGCGACUCCACCACCACCGUCAAACGGCACCUUCUCGUCGUUCCCUUCGACAUUCCCUGACAUCAACGCUGCACCUCCACGCCCAAGUGCACCCACCGCAGUCCCAGGGCUCGACUACGAGUCUCUAACUCUGAUGCGGAUGCGUCAAGCCGAGCGUGAACGCUUGGAGCGCGAGAUUCGAGAGCAGGAGGCCGACGAAGGGAGCUGAUUGGGGUGUGAUGUCCGUGCUUGUACGAUUAUACUGUGUUGGUGAAAUGCAAGAGG